CAUUAAAUUAUGUUUAUCAAUAUCAAUAUCAAUAUCGUAACGAAUCAAUCAAUUUAUUGAAUAAAUUGAAACCAAUCUGAAUGAUCUUAGAAUAUAUGAAAUAUACUUGGUCACUCAUAUAUUAAACCAUUGGGAUUAGAUUGUUGAACAACUAACUGGCCAUCAUGUAUAGAUUGUCAUUGCUUAAAGCAAGAUGUUUAUGGCCCAGAAUGCUAAUUAGCAGCAUUAUAAUCAACAUUGGUGUGCAGAUUGUAUACAUUGAAUCGAAUAAUGCCUAUUACAUUGAACAAUGUAUGACGAAAAUCAUCGAGGAAGUUCAACCGUGCAGUGAACGUGCCAUACAGAAUUGGAAUCUGAAUCAUAGCUAUUUUGUUCCAUCCAAAUUAAGUACUUGUUGUGCAAAUUGGCAAGUAUAUGAAUGUUUCAUACAGGCAGCACUGACUGGAUGUACAUUGUUUGAAUUUCAGGCCAUUGUCAACAAUAUGACCAUGGAUGCAAUACUGUUGCAACGAAACAAUUGUUCACGAUUCAAAUAUCAUUCCGAAGUCUGUUCAUCAUACAAUAGUGGCUGGAUGAACGACCAUCAUUGCCAUCAUAUAAUGAUCAUUUCUAUGGCAUCAUUGUCUAUGGUUUCAUUUUAUUUAACACCAAUUUAUUAGAUUAUAGAUUAUAGAUAGAUAGAUUAUAGAUUAUUAUUAUUAUAUACACCAGAAAAGUCAACCAUGAACCAGUCGGAAUAGUGGCA